AUGACAGAGUGGCCCAUCAACCGUGUUCGGCGGGAGUUCCUGCACUUCUUCGAGCAGCGGGGACACACGUUUGCCCCGUCCAGCCCGGUGGUGCCGCACAACGACCCCACGCUGCUCUUCAUCAAUGCUGGUAUGAAUCAAUUCAAGAACCUCUUUCUCGGCACCGCAGACCCCAACACCGAUUUUGGACGCCUCACGCGCGCGGUAAACUCGCAGCUCUGCAUUCGUGCCGGCGGCAAGCACAACGACCUUGAGGACGUUGGCCGUGACACAUACCACCACACCUUUUUCGAGAUGCUUGGCUCCUGGUCGUUCGGCGAUUACUUCAAACGCGACGCGAUACGCUGGGCAUGGGGACUGCUGACUGAGGUGUACAAGUUGCCCAAAGACCGCCUCUACGUGACAUACUUCGGGGGCGACCCCACCAACGGCAUCGCCGCUGACGAGGAGGCGAAGCAGUUGUGGUUGGAGCUUGUGCCAGCUGCGCAGGUCAUACCCGGUAACACGAAGGACAACUUCUGGGAGAUGGGCGACGUGGGACCAUGUGGGCCUUGCUCGGAGGUGCACUACGACCGCAUCGGCGGUCGAAACGCUGCUUCUUUGGUGAACAAGGAUGACCCGAUGGUCAUUGAGAUAUGGAACCUUGUGUUCAUGCAGUUUGAGCGCCGUGAGGGCGGCGUGCUGGUGCCGCUGCCAAAGGUGCACGUUGACACUGGCAUGGGUCUUGAGCGGCUCGCCUCCAUUCUACAGGGAGUGCACUCGAACUACGACACCGACGCGUGGAUGCCGCUCUUUGACGCCAUUCAGAGCGUGACAAAGUACCCGGAAUCAUACGCGGCAGUGCGUGACAACGCAGAGUGCGACGCGACAGUGGCCUACCGCGUGGUGGCAGACCACAUCCGCUGCCUCACUGUCGCACUUGCUGACGGCGCAAUGCCUGACUCCGUGGGCCGUGGCUUCGUUCUGCGUCGCAUCAUUCGCCGUGCGGUGCGCUACGGUGUGCAAUUCCUCGGCGCUAAAGUGGGCUUCUUCAGCCAGCUCGUUGACGCUGUUGUGGCGUCGCUGGGACCUUUCUUCACGCACCUGCAGGAGCCACGCACCUUGCAGCGUAUUAAGGCUGUGCUCGCCGACGAAGAGACGUCCUUUGCAAAGACAUGGGAGACAGGACUGAAGCACUUCAACAAGGCCGUCUCGGAGGCAGUCAAGAACACCAUUAGUGGUGAAAACGCUUUCAUUCUGCACGACCGCUACGGCUUCCCUGUUGACCUCACAUGCCUGCUGGCGGAGAAAGCGAAGAUGCAGGUUGAUAUGGAAGGUUUCCAUGCGACGAUGAAGGCAAAUCAGCUGAGCGGAGGCCGCGUGGCUGCCGCAAAGACGUUCCUCAACGUGCACCAGCUGGAGGAAUUGAAGGCGAAGGGAAUCGCUGCCACCGAUGACACCGCCAAGUACACGUGGGAGAACCACACCGCAGAGGUGAAGGCGAUCUUUGACAAGAAGCGCGGUGAGUUCGUAGACGUGCUGCUGCCUGGCCAGAGUGGUGAGGAGGACAUCGGUAUUGUGCUGGAUGUCACGAACUUCUACGCAGAGUCUGGCGGACAGAUUUACGACAUGGGGCGUAUCGUGGCAGCCUCCGACGCCAUGUUUAACGUGAAAAGGGUUUACAAUAUCGGCGGCUACGUCGUGCACGUGGGUAACUUGAUCGCAACGAAGGGUGCCGGUGUGCCCAUCCCUGUCUCUGCAGCGGUGGAGCUGCAGGUUGACUACAAACGGCGUCUGCCCAUUGCGGCGAACCACACCUCCACACACGUCCUUAACUGGUGCCUGCGCCGCGUGCUCGAGGAGGAGGCCUCAGACAACUACGUGGAGGUACAGCAAAAGGGUUCACUUGUCACGGAUGAGAUGCUGCGCUUUGACUUUAGCUACAAUGGUAAGGUAAGCCAGGAGGACCUCAUCAAGAUUGAGGCAGCCCUCAACGAAAAAAUCCAGCAGGCACCAGUGGUGUACCGCAAGGAGGUGCCGCUCGAGACGGCGAAGCGCAUUAGCGGUCUGCGGCAGAUGUUCGGCGAAAAAUACCCGGACCCUGUGAGUGUCAUUUCCGUCGGCGCACCCAUUGAAGACCUUAUUGCGAAUCCCGAAAACACCAAGUGGCGUGCACACGCUAUUGAGUUCUGCGGUGGCACGCACCUGUCGAACCUCAAGGAGGCAGAGACCGCCGUCAUUCUCUCGGAGGAGGCGCUCAUGAAGGGCGUGCGCCGCCUUGUCGUGGCGACGCGUGACGUUGCCCGUAAGGCACGCGCCGAAGGCGAGGCGCUGCAGCAGGAAUACCGCACCAUCGUCGAUGGACCGGUCACAGAGGCGACUUCGAAGAGCCUUUCGGUGCUGAACAAGAAGGUUGGCGACAGCGCAAUACCUCUGACGGCGAAGAACAAGCUGCGGGAGGAGAUCGACGUGAGCAUCAAAUCGGCGCUUGCUACCCUCAAGGCGAUGGCUGCGCAGACGAAGGAGAAGGCCACCGCCGCCGGUGGCGCAGCCGCCGAGGGGUACGAUGCGGCAGCCAACCCGUUCCUCGUGCGGCGCCUUGACGAUUUUGGUGCCGACCGCGAGGCUCUUCAGGCGUACGCCGACGGCUUCACCAGGGCCGUGCAGGGCGACGUUGGUGUCUUCCUUGUCGGCGCCGACGCAAGCAAGGCGCUGGCGCUGGCGGUACUACCGAAGGCAUUCACCGCGAAGAAGCUGAGCGCGGUGGACUGGGCAAAGGCGGCGAUCGGAAAGGGUGGCGGCAAGCCGCACGCUGCACAAUCAGGCCUUGCUGCUGCCGACGUUGACGCAGCCAUUGAGAAGGCGCUGGCGGAGACGGCGAAAAUGAAGGGCGCGCUUUGA